GUAUUAUGUUUUCCAACGGUGAAACCUGGUGGCAGCAAAGACAUUUCGGGCGAGCGAUUCUACAGAAGCUGGUGAUCGAGCAGAAAGAUCUGGAGCAUCAGAUAGGAGAGGAAGGCCGGCAGCUGGUGGAGGCCUUUGCAAAUGAAAAAGGGGAGCCUAUGGACCCUACGUGGCAUAUCUUGCAUUCAGUCUCCAAAAUGAUUUGCGCUGCUGCUUUUGGACACCCUUUUCCCAUCGAGGAUGAAGCCUUGCACACACUGACGAAACAUAUUAACACCCUCGUAAAGUUUGGGGGGUCUGUUGGAGCUGUGUUAUAUAACAUAGCUCCGACGAUUAUGAGAUACCUCCCUGGGCCUCACCAGACAGCGAUCUCCUCCUGCGAAUUUAUACGCUCCUUUGUCAGGAAGGAGGUGGAAAACCACAAGAACAACGGGCCUCCCCAUGAGCGCCGCGGUUUUAUCGAUUACUAUUUGGCUCAUAUGAAAACGGAGAAAACGGACUCCACUUCUACAUUUGAUGACGCCAACCUGGUACAAAGUGUCACCGACUUCUUUGUUACGGGCACGGAUGCCAUAGCUGCCACCCUAUCUUGGGCACUGCUUUUUAUGGUGGCUCAUCCUGAUAUCCAAGCGAAAGUGCAAGACGAGCUGGACAAUGGUCUUGAAUCCUUCAAAGUCGUCUGCUAUGCCGAUCGGAAGCAAUUGCCCUAUACCCGGGCCGUGCUGAACGAGGUCCAGCGCCUCAGCAACAUCAAGUUAUUUGGGCUCUUCAAACUGUGCACAGAGAACGUGAACAUCCUUGGCACUCUGAUUCCAAAGGAUACCCUUGUAAUCACAGAUCUAUGUUCGGUCCUCCUUGAUGCCACAAAGUGGGAGACCCCUGAAAAGUUCAACCCUAACCACUUCUUGGACAACGAUGGCAAAUUUAUCAUUCGAGACGAAUUUAUCCCAUUCUCGGCAGGAGACCGGUCAUGUGUGGGGAAGCCAUUUGCACGGACUCAGCUCUUCAUUUUCUUCGCCAACCUCCUGAAAGCAUUUACUUUCCGUCAGCCCGAGGGAGUGGAGGGAGUGAACACUGAACCCGUAAUAGGGGCCAUAGUGUAUCCCCAACCAUAUAAAAUCUGUGCAGUACCUCGCUAGGCUGCAGGACAGAGGACGUGGACAGAGGAGCUUA